AUGGAAAAGAACAUCUGCUAUCGGCAACGAAGGAGAAAAGAAGUCGUCUACGACGAUUGCGUACUCGAGGACUCCUUGUUCCAAGGUGACUGGCACAUCGAGGAGGACCCAAACGUGGACUACGAGAUGCUGCUCAGAGGAUUACGAGCCUGUGCUGAACGUGCCUUGAAGCCGCGCACGACAAACUUGGAACGAAUUUCGAGGACCACUAAGGAAUUGUUGGAAAGAAAAAGGGCUUUGAGGCUUGAUCCGAAUGCAUCGCACAUUGAGCAGUUAGUAGCAAACACUAGCUGCAGAAAAGCAUUGCAGGAGAAUCUUUUGAAGUACAGGCAGAAGAAGAUUCUGGAAGCAGCACAAAGAAGAACGAGUCUAAAGAAGUGCCGCAGGGAUCUUCGCAAAUAUAAUAUUCCGCUAGCAAUCUUGCUGAGCGAAGACGGGACUCGCACGUCUUCUCGUCGUGAGAUGGAAAUCAUUGCGGAGAGGUUCUACUCGAACCCUUUCCUUUCAUCAACUCCUGUGUCAAGCCUGAUCAUCUGGCGCUGGCGAAGCUCCACCACGGAUUCUCCCUUCGCAAGUACGAGUCGCUAUCAAGAGCAUGAAACCUGGCACAGCCCCCGGACCUGA